AUGGAAACGAAAUGGUAUUGCUUCCUGUUCUGGUUCAGUUAUCGGUUCACAUUGGCAUGUCUGGCACAUUUUAAUUGGUGCAUGUCAAUCUACACUAAUUGCGUGUACUUCACACUAUGGAAGAGUUAUGAUCUGUUGUGGUUCUGGAUGCACCUGAUUCUGUGUAGCUGCUUUCCUCAGUUGAGACCCGAAAACUACUUGAUUGUCUGGACCAAUUUGAUCAUCAAGAAGCUCACCAAGUAUCCUGACUACACAUUUAAGCAACUCUACUAUGCCCUCUACACCACCAACCGAUCGGCCCAUUUCACAAAACGGCUGAUGUCGCGGAAAGAGAAGAAAGGAGUGAUAGAACUGGACUCGAAUAGUGAUGAAGACGAGAAGAACGAACCAACAAAUAGUAGAAGCGCUGCAAACGUUGUGGAUCCUGAAGCACCGAUUCCUUUGAGAACUUUCAAUCUGGAAAGAUCUGCAAUCCCGCCACCAGUUGUAGAAGUUCCCGAGGACAAUGAAGAAGAGGACAAUGAUGAGCACAACGCCACUGAAACCACACCGUUGCGCCCGCCAAGACCAUCUCGUCCGAAGUUUGUAGAGCCUGAAGACGAUGAAGAUGAAACUAUUGAAGUGGUGACUGAAGCUGCACCGGAAGAUGUGUCACCGAAAGAAAGCCCAAAAGAGAGUCCAACAUCAGAGCAGCCAAAAUGGAAGUCGUACGUUCCGAAUAAAGUCAUGAAAUUCCUGCCACGUCAAGGGAGCCAAACACCAUCAGUAGAAUCUAAAGCGUCUACCAACAAGGAUGUCAACAAUCAGAUCAACAAGGAGGGCAACAAUUCCACCUCUGCCAUUGGCCGUUUUUAUGAUCGGAUCAAGUUCAAUAGUAGUAACUCGAAUACGUCGAAUACAAGUCGUCCAAAUGAAUUGGAAGUUCUCCGACCAGACUACACAAACCGCUACGAUUGCCAUGACAAGUCAAAGCGUGAAUCUCGCGAGAAACGUGACCGCAAAGCCCUCCGCCACCGUAUCCGCCAUGAGCUUCGAAUGGCCAUGAAGGCAGACGCAGCCAAGGAGAGAGACCGCAAAAAGGUCACCGACGCCAUCGAGCUCUUGCUCCAACUGCUUCGUAUGAUGUCAUCGUUUGCUAUGCUCAUUGGAACCAUUAGGAAGACGUUUAUCCCGGCAUCCUUUAAAUAUCUCAAGCCUGGACAGCAUGCCUAUGACAACUAUGAGCUGAUUCUCUUGUUCCGAUGCACUGCCUUCCUGGAUAUUGCUAUGUUCUGGAUGAACGUCUCCUAUGCCUACUGCUUGCAAUGGCAACUUUGCUGCCGUCUGGGAUUCUUCCGAUUCAUCUUCUGGGCGGCUAUUCUUGGCGUGGUGUCAACCACUGUCAUGUUCAUCCCAAUGACCUACGUCAUGAACGAUUUGGACUUGAGCUGGUGCCGCUUGAUGCCCAACACAACAUUUGCCAAGUACCAACCCAACUGGUGA